CCCUGCAGUAACCAGGGGAACUGCAAACAGUGUAGGGGCAGCUUCCGGUUCGAGCACCCGUAACCGCCGUAACCGCCGUAACCGCCGCCUUUAAGGAUGGACGGUCAGAGCCUGCGAAAGGCUGAGAGAGGCCGGUCCUGCUCCCAGGAGAAAAAGAAGGGUUACACUAAGGACAUGGUGACAGACUUUGAUGAGAAACAUGAUGAGUAUUUAAUAUUGCUUCAGCAGAGAAACCGGGUGCUGAAGCAUUUGAAAGCCAAGGACCCCAUGCAGCUACACCUGGAGCACUUGGAACAAGGGUUCUCUGUCUACGUCAACGGGGCCAAUUCGGAACAGAAGCCAUCGCCUCGGAAGGCCGUGCGCUCCGACUUCUCCAGGAGUGCCUCGCACGCCGAGGGGACCCACGAUUGCGCACGAAGAACCCUGCUUCGAGAAGCCGAAGACGCCUUGCGACACGGUUCACAGACGGCCCCCAGCAGAGUGCAGCGCCGAGGAUGGCACCAGAGAUCGGUGCAGAUCCGAACAGAAGCUGGCUCGAGGCUCCACAUCGAACCCCCCGUGGACUACUCGGAAGAUUUUGAGUCGACUGAGGAUGACGAUGCCAAGACCAUGGAUGUUUCUGGGGAUCGUCCACAGGAGCUGAGAAGAAGCCUGGAACUCAGUGCAAACACACAGAGGAGACAGGGGGAUUGUCCCAGCGACGACUAUGAGUCUAUCGAAGAAGACAUCACCUCUGAGCCCGAGCCUGAGCCCGAGGGCUGUCCUGGAGGUGACUGCCCUCUGUCCACUGGGGACAAGGAUGCUCCUGAGGACCGGGAGGCAGGUGGACGUCCCCCGCAGGGCCCGGACACCCUCGUUGUGCUGGAAUUUAACCCCGCUUCUCAAAGUCACAAAAGGGAAAGGAAUUUGUGUGCCAAGCGGAAGGACAACGCUGAGGUCUUCGUUCCCAGCAAACCUGAGCCCAGCCUGAACCCCCAGUCCCCCGCUGCAGGCACAGACCAGGACAGGAUGUGCUCCAGACCUGCAAUCCGGCGGGAGAGACCCCUCUAUGCAACCCGCAAGCCCGUGUGUGAGGCUGAGGACAGGCAGGAAGACGUCUCGGCUGUGCUGAGAGCCAUCCAGGUGGAGAACGCGGCCCUGGGGAGGGCGCUCCUCAGCAGGAAGACGGAGCCGCCCACCAGCCCACUGCAGGCUGCCGAGGGACCACCAGCAAAACCCUGGGCCUGUCUGCUGACGGAGGAGGAGGUGGAGGAGGAGGAGAGCCUUGAGCCGCUUCCCAGCGCACCCAUGACCGCCGCUCCAGAGCCGUCCAGGGCAGCAGAGGGAGCCAAAGGCAUCGGGCAAGCUCCUGACAGAGUCUGCCUUCUGGGAAGCAGACAGCAGCAGAAGCUUCUGGAAGUCCUGCAGGCCAUGGAAAGCGCCCCUGCCCAUCUCGGCGAGGUUGUGUCACCACCCCAGGAGCGCGCACUGGACCCUGAGGACGUGCGCAGAGGGAGAGCGGUGGAGGUCAGAGACGCCGUAUACGUGACCAUGGAGAUCCUGUCCAACUGGGGCAGCCCGCGGUGGGUGGGCCUCACGGAGGUUGAGUUCUUUGACUUGAACAACAGCAAGUUGUACGUGUCGCCUCACGACGUGGACAUCCGGCACGCCGACUCGCCGGGCGAGCUGGGCCGCCUGGUCAACAGGAACCUAGCUAGCGCAAAGGACGCCUCCCCGUGGGUGUGUCCCUUCCACCCUCCGCUGCAGCUCUUUUUCGUCAUCCGCAACACCAGACAGCUGAGCGACUUCGGGCUGGCCGAGAUCAAGGUGUGGAAUUACUGGACGGCAGACGACGAUCUGGACAUCGGUGCCAAGGACGUGAGGCUUUAUGUCAAUGAGAGCCUCAUCUUCGCCGGCGAAUUGGACAGAGGUGACGGCGAGGCCCCGGCCGACCCUCGCAGCGUCCUGGUGGAGCUGAAGAGCGAGAGGGCAGAGGACACGGUGGCUCCCAGGGUGGCCGGCGCGGCAGGGGCCGGGGACCUCAGUGGCACCUGCUCACAGCCAGCCGAAGCAGCCAUGGUGGGCGCCACCGCCUCUUCACAGGGACAUUUAUUUAGCCAAAGGACAGAUUCUGCUGACGGCUGGAAAGAAGUUUUGCCCACCAUGGGGGAGGAUUCAGAGUCGUUGGCAGCCCCCGCGGGCACGAGCGACGCCCCCAGGGCCUCCUCACCCUCCCCGCCGGGGAAAUGCCCUCCCCUGGAUGCGGAGCCCUCGGGGAUCCAGCAACUGGAGAAUCUCACGGGCCGGAAGACACCUGUGCCGCCGGGGAAAAUGCCGCCCUGGCUGCAGCCUUCUCCCAGCGGGCAGGGCAGGAGGCAGGGAGGCAGGAAGCCAAAACCCCCGUGGCUCAGUCCGGACAAGCCGCUCCCGGCACACAGCGAGGGCCCUGGAGAGACGGAGGCCGAGGAGAGAGGCCUCCAGCCGGAGCCAGGGCGGGUGACAAGCUGGAGCGUCCUCACCGGGGAGAGGCCCCCGCGGGGGCCCCCCAAAGGCUGCGGGGAUGAUCUCGACAUCUUCGCCCAGCCCCCCAUCAGGGAGCGCCCUGCCUGUGGGAGGAGGAGCGCGAGGAAGGAGGCCCUGGGCAGUGGUCACGGGGACGAGCAGCCGGCCAGCAGAGGAGACACCUGGUCCACCAGGACCCCGCCGCGCUCCAGGUGGUGCAGUGAGCAGGAGCUCACGCUGCAUGAGUCCUGGGACUCCCUCAGCGCCUUCGACCACUCCCACCGGGGCCGCAUCUCCCACCCGGAGUUCCAGGGCGACAUCCUGGAUGAGUUCCUGCAGCAGCAACAGAAAGGCAGCCGGCAGGGGCCGGGCCAGGCCGGAGCGUCGCCAGGGCCGGACACGCGGGGCACAGGGAGCGAUGCCCGCGCCGACGACAGCGACGGCGACUUCCAGAUCCCUGUCCUGCCUUACGGGCAGCACCUGGUCAUCAACAUCCAGUCCACCUGGGGGGACAGACACUACGUGGGCCUGAACGGGAUAGAGAUCUUCAGCGCCCAGGGGCAGCCCGUGCAGAUCGCGAGCAUCAGGGCAGACCCGCCCGACCUCAACGUGUUGCCAGCCUACGGAAAGGACCCCCGCGUGGUGGGCAACCUCAUCGACGGGGUAAACAGGACCCAGGACGACAUGCACGUCUGGCUGGCCCCGUUCACACCAGGCAAACCCCACUACAUCUGCAUUGACUUCACGCACCCCUGCCAGGUCGCCCUCAUCAGGAUCUGGAACUACAACAAGUCCCGGAUCCACUCGUUCCGCGGCGUGAAGGACGUCACCAUGCUGCUGGACGCACAGUGCGUCUUCCAAGGCGAGAUUGCCAAGGCCUCGGGAACCCUCAUGGGAGCCCCGGAGCACUUCGGAGACACGAUCUUAUUCACCACCGACGACGACAUCCUCGAGGCCAUAUUCUGCUCGGAUGCGACAUUUGACCUGGACGUGGAGAGCCUGUGCCCCCUGCAGCCGGACGAGGCCCUGCAGAGGCCCAGCACGGCCGACGGCGAGGGGGACGAGCGGCCCUUCACCCAGGCUGGCUUGUGGGCGGAUGGCUGGGGCCCAGGACCAGAGCUGCCCCCCAGCCCCCCUGUCCCUGAAGUCACCACGCCAGAGCCGGGCAUCUACCACGGGACCUGCCUGCAGCUGAACUUUACGGCCUCGUGGGGGGACCUGCACUACCUGGGCCUCACCGGCCUGGAAGUGGUGAGCCGGGACGGCCAGGCCCUGCCCAUCAGCCUGUCCCAGAUCUCCGCCUCCCCCAGAGACUUGAACGACCUCCCCGAGUACACGGACGACUCCCGCACCCUGGACAAAUUGAUCGACGGCACCAACAUCACCACAGAGGAUGAGCACAUGUGGCUGACCCCCUUCUCGCCAGGGCGGGACCACCUGGUCACAAUCCGCUUCGACAGAGCCCAAAGCAUCGCCGGCCUGCGCUUCUGGAACUACAAUAAAUCUCCAGAGGACACGUACCGUGGGGCCAAGGUCGUCCACGUGUCCUUGGAUGGCUCGCGCAUCUCCCCUCCGGACGGCUUCCUCAUCCGCAAGGGCCCAGGCCACUGCCACUUCGACUUUGCCCAGGAAGUGCUGUUUGUGGACUACCUGCAGGCCAGGCCACGGCUGCCCCAGCCCGCCAGGAGGCCCGACACGCAGAGCCUGGAGCGGCCGAGCAUGGACUACGAGGCCCCGCUGAUGCCGUGCGGCUUCAUUUUCCAGUUCCAGCUGCUCACCAGCUGGGGCGACCCCUAUUACAUCGGCCUCACUGGCCUGGAGCUGUACGACGAGCGGGGAGAGAAAAUCCCCCUGUCCGAGAACAACAUCGCCGCCUUCCCGGACAGUGUGAACUCGCUGGAGGGCGUGUGUGGGGACGCCCGCACCCCUGACAAGCUCAUCGACCAAGUCAACGACACCAGCGACGGCAGGCACAUGUGGCUGGCUCCCAUCCUGCCCGGCCUGGUGAAUCGGGUGUACGUGAUUUUCGAUCUGCCUACCACCGUGUCCAUGAUCAAGCUGUGGAAUUACGCAAAAACGCCGCAUCGUGGGGUGAGGGAGUUUGGUCUCCUGGUCGACGACCUGCUCGUGUACAAUGGGAUCCUGGCCAUGGUGAGCCACCUGGUGGGCGGCAUCCUGCCCACGUGUGAGCCCACGAUGCCCUACCACACCAUCCUCUUCACGGACGACGCCGGCACCUGGCACCAGGAGAGACGCACCAGCGUCAGCACCCAGGUAGAGGACCAGGACGUGCAGCUGACGAACGAGAACCAAAUUGUGACGAACGCCAAGAGGAAGCCAGGCGCCGUCGACCCAGAGACUGUGCAGUGCCCUCGCCCCCCAGCGGCUGGUAACUGGCCACCCCCGUGCUCUGCCUUGACAGCCUUACGCCCCAAAACCUGCCUCAGCACGAAGGAGCCGGCGAGACGGUGGCGGUGCUGACCCACGGUGCCAGAGGGAGAGCCAGCUGCCAGCUCGCGGGCGCUGCGGCCGGGACAUGGGGGCCUGCCGUUCCGGGCUGCACAGGGCGAUCCCCGCCCGCCUCCCCUGUCGGAUCCCGCUCAGCCACACUGGGCUGACAGGUGGGGGCAUGGUGGGCAGACCAGGGACACUGUGUCUUUCCUAGGGUAGCCAGUGCCCAGUCCUGCCUCCUCUGGGGGCUCAGGGACCAGUGUCUCUCCUGGGUGUUCAGUGUCGGUCGCGGUGGCCACGGCCCACUCUCUAGGGGAGCUCCUGCUGUGUGGGCCUCUUAGGGUGGGUGUCCUGCUGAGGUCCCCACUGUGCUGUAGCCAGGCCCAGAAGGGAGGAGCUGGCCGCCAGGGGGCCGGCAGAGCCCACCCAGACGCUGUGUGGACGCAGAGGCGGGGAGCGCACCCCACCUGGGGCCGGCACACCACAGCCCACCUUGUACUUGAACUCAGCCUGGAGAAGCCGGCCCCCAUUGCACUCCCCGGCUGCCCCUUCCGGAUCUGUUCUACGGCUCUCCCUGGUCGCUCCUCCCCGCCUGUCGGUGCCCUGCGCCCCUGAGGCCCUGCUGUGGGGUCCCCGCCCCCCGC